CAUACAUGCACGUACGCACGCACAUACACACGAACACACUCGCGCGCACGCACGCAACUUUUCGCUCCGGUUCCUCUCCGGAAGCCGGGAUCGGUGUGUGAUGAGUCCCGGAGAAGUUCCAGGUCCAGCAGUGUGACUGUGUGUGUGUGUGUGUGUGGAGUUGAUCAGCCCGCGUGCGCUCCGUGCCCUCCUCUACUUCAUGUCACGCGCUGAUGACAGAGACACGGUGCCACGAUGUUUGGUCUUCAGAGUAGCGAGCAGCUCGCGGGGAACUGCGUCUCCUCCUCCAGCGUCUCCUCCUCCACCUCCUCCGCCGCCGCUCAGCUCGACACGCCGCUGUGAAGCAGCCCGAACCGGAGAGUCUGGCGGUGCGCUCCGGACCGUCACCCCGCCGCAGGGAUGCGUGAUCACUCCGCGCUCAAUCUGGGCUUCAUGCCGCUCUGCGUCCUCCUGUCCGCCCUACUGCAGCACGCUCAUGGAGAAAUGCAGAAGUCCUGCACUGGAAGUUCUGCUGUGGUCCUGGAGAACACCUGCAACCUGCCCUGUUACUGCAGACCAUACCCAGUGCUGCCUCCACCUCCUCCUCCACCACCUCCACCCAGACUCUUCUCUCUACAGUGCUCCAUGCUGAAAGCCCCCCAGCAAAGCUUCAGGAACACUGUGAACUUCGCUCACCAGAUUUACGUUGAUUUUGUGAUUGCUCCAUCCAGCGUGUCUCCUCCUGUUAAGUCAUGGGGAAGAGAGGUGGAGAUUUUGGUGCUGGGGACGGUGAGCUGUGCAUCAGUCAUCUUCUUCUUCCUCACCGUCAUUAUCUGCUACAAGGCCAUCAAGAGGAAACCUUUGAGGAAGGAGGAGAACGGCACGAGCCGAGGGGAAUACGCCAUGAGCUCUCGCUGCAAGCAGACAGCCGUGGAGACCAACAACACCGGAGUAUAGCAGCCAGAGGACAAACACUAAGGUUCCAUCAUGACCUCGAGCCUCGAGGGCUUCAGAGAUGGAGGAUGGGUUCGAGAGGAAGCACUGAUGGAGCUCUGAAGAACUUCUUUACAGAGAAAAACACAUAAAUGAUGAUAAGCGCUGCUUCAUGACUGAUAUGUGACAGAAUACGACGGCAGAGAGGAAGUGUGAGAGACGUGUGAGGGACGUGUGAGGGAUGUGUGAGGGACGUUUGAAGGACGUGUGGAGCCUCGAGACUCAUUGUUCUGUUCUAAAAGAUUUUAAACCAGUAAAACUCUCAACAAACCCGACGCAUGCACUUUUUACUGAAUACAGCGACACCUCUGGACUCCGUUCUUUCUUUUCCUUCUCUUUUCUCUACUUCUCUCCAUUCUCUUUUAAUUCUCUCCCUUCUUUCUCUUCUCUCAUUCUACCUCUCUACUUUCACUCGUUCUUUUCAUUCCCUCAUUUUUCUCUUACAAUCUCUUCGUUAUCUGUUUCAUCUCCUUUUUCUCUAUAAUUCUUUUUCAAUUUUCUCUCCUUUCACUCUCUCUAUCUCUCUCAAUUUUUCUUUUCUCUUUAUUCUCUCUCUUUCAUUCUC